AAUGAAGUCUUUUUCCGGAGGGACCACGCACAAAGUCAUAGAAGUUUUUACGCAAAUGCAAGUGCCCCUGCCGCUCCCUCCUCCCCUCUGCGGGCUGGAAAUGCCAUGCUCAACACAGUCUCCCUCUCCUCUACCUGCUCCGCUCUCCUGGGAACCAACCACCUGCUCUCUCUCUCAGGAGCGGGGGAUGCGGGGCUCCGCCGGCCCGCCGUGCGUGGUGCCCGUCCCGGCGUGCAGAGACAGAGGCCCUUCCAUGGUUUCCUCCAUUUCCCCAAAAAUAUUCAAGGAAAAAGGAAAGAAUUUUUCCAGCUCCUCCGAAACUUUUGGGAAAAAGCACGUUUCUUAACAGCCCGAGCUCCGCUGAGUUGAGUCAAAUCUGCGAGCUAAAGCUCUGCAUGCCAGGAGAGCGGGACUGAGGGGCUUGGCGUUGUGCACCGGGAGAUCCACAGUGCAUGCUUGGAGAGAAACCAAGCAUGCACCAACCCAGAAAGGUGAUCGGAACUGCAACCGGCACUUUAAAGAUCAAGUUUAUUUGUGCACGAAGCAUAAAUAUAUAAACAGGUCUAUUUUAGCCAGCGCAAAUGUGGUAAAUGAAAUUGUGUGUGUGUGUGUCUGUGUAUGUCUGUGUGUGUGCACGCCACAGCCCAGUGAAGAGUUCAAGUUACUGCAGAGCAGAACCCCUCCUGACUGAUGCUGUCUUAGGAAAACAAUAGGGAACUGCCCUAUUUCAGAUGUGGCCCAACAAAGCAGCAACCUGCACCUCAGAGCGGCAGAAACCUGAAAUUCUGAGCUUUCCCAUUCUGUAACUUUACUCCUUUAUCAACUGCCUGCUUUUCAUAGAGUAUUCAUUUCAAAGGGGGCUCCCUGUGUUUACAGCCCCAAAUAAACCAGAGCAGUGCAGAUGUAGCCUUCCCCAGCUGUUAGAGAAUUUUGCAUCCUUUCGUAGGAAGGUGUGUGCAGAGUUGCUUUUUAGGAAAAAAAUUUAGCCUAAGAGUGGAAAUCCGCCUUUGGGGGCUCGAGGGUGGUGGUAGCAGAGAAACAAGGAUGGGUUCCCUCCAUCCCCAGCACAGGCCGAGCUGCUUGCCUUUCUCCACCUUGCCCGUGCGGAUCGCAGGGCUUCCCGGCGGCGUGCGCUGCCACAGGGCAUCUCUCUCAGGAGCUACUUCCCUACCCGCCUUGCUCACUUGAUCAGCUGCCCCUGGAGACAAUCCAGCGAGCUCCUGGCUCGCCGUGCCACCACACUACCUCUUCCUUAAGGGAGGCUAACUGAAGGCCCCUUUUUCCUGGGCACACAAACCAGCUCCGUAGCGUUUGAACCGCUGCUGGGUCAUUUGCUCUCCGUUUAAGUUAGCUUAGGUCACAUAAUUUUUUUCCCAGGUAGGGAAGGUUUCCUUUCCCUUCUCAUAAUAUUUUCCUCAGCUACAAAAGCCACCUGGAUGAAACCAAAGGAUUCCUGUGCGUUAGCAAAUGCCUGUUAAAUGGCUUCAUUACCACUCUAAUGACCCUUGCACCACUCCGCUCGGCUACUGCUGCGGCUGGGGCUCUGCAAGGCUUUUGUCCCCUUGUGUAAAGUUACUUAGGGAUUGCGGGGUUAGAAAUUUUACACUUCCAGGAGGGGUUUGUUGCACUGGCAGCUGGGACGCAUCUGUAACGGUACAAGUUUGCCUGAAAGCAGAAAAUUAGCAAGCCCAAGGCACUGCUUGACUGUUGUGUCCCUAGCAGCUUCAGGUCAGAAGAGUAGGAGAAAGAAUGGGAAGGGGAUUUGUCUCUGAGCAAAAACAUACACUUUUCUUUUGUGAGUACCUUUCCUUGUGUUCCGAUUCGACAGCACUAAAAUCUGGUUUCCUUCCUCCUUGUCUCUCCUGGCCACAAGUAGCAGUGCAUUGUUGUCCCCCAAUUUGUAAAUUUCAGCUGUUGGUGCCACUACUUUAAUUACUGGAACAAAGGGCUCCUUGAGAUAAAUAGGUCUGAGAAGAAGGUUAUCAUUUAAAAGGAGAAGAAGGUUAUAAUUAAGUAAGGUUAUAAUUAAAAAGGAGAAGAAGGCUCCUCUUAGGUCUGAGAAGAAGGUUAUAAUUUUUCAGGUUAUACCUGGAUCACGGGCUGUGGGAAAUAAAGAUAUGCAAGUAGAGGCUGUAGGUUCCCUCCCGAAGAAACGUGUGAUGGGAACAGCGGGACUAGGAAGGGUUCUUGUACGAGCCACUGACAAGUGGCUCGUGUGUGUCCACUGCCCUUCUUUUUCUUUCCAUACCAAACUGCAAAUUCACAGGCUUGGUUGGAAAUUUGGGGAUGUCGCAACCAGUCCAUGGGAGGUCGUUCAUUAGAAAAGUGCCCAUCUCUCGGCGCUCCAAAGGAACGAUGCGGAGCAAAUUGUCUCCUGGCGACUGGAGGGGGCUUGCCCAGACAGCUCCCGGCAGGGGCUGUGGUGGGAUAUGCUAAUAAAGACUGGCCGCUGCGGACCAGCCUCCCUUUCCAUGUAUAUAUAAGGGCCCCCCGCAUCAGCCGAAGGACACUUGGUCUCGGGUCGCUAAUUACGAAGGAAAUUGCCCCAGCGCGCCGCGGAGCGCCUCGCCGAGAGCCGGUGGCCACCGUCCCGCACUGACGCCUCCGCAGCAGGGAUGGAGGUGAUGGACAGCUGCAAGUUCUCUCCGUCCGAGCUCUUCUAUGACAGCUCCUGCCUCUCCUCCCCAGAGGGCGAGUUCCCUGAGGAUUUUGAGCCCAGGGAUCUGCCUCCUUUCAGCUCCCACGAGCCCCCCGAGCCCGCCUGCUCCGAGGAAGAGGAGCAUGUCCGAGCUCCCUCUGGCCACCACCAAGCUGGUCACUGCCUCAUGUGGGCUUGCAAAGCCUGCAAAAGAAAAUCCACCACAAUAGACCGGCGGAAGGCAGCCACCAUGAGGGAGAGGAGGAGGCUGAAGAAAGUGAACCAGGCUUUUGAGACCCUGAAGAGAUGCACCACUGCCAACCCCAACCAGAGACUCCCCAAAGUAGAGAUCCUGAGAAACGCCAUCAGAUACAUCGAGAGCCUCCAGGAGCUCUUGAGGGAACAGGUAGAAAACUACUAUCACCUGCCCGGACAGAGUUGCUCCGAACCGACCAGCCCCACUUCCAGCUGCUCCGAUGGGAUGGCCGACUGUGGCAGCCCCGUUUGGUCGGCAAGAGGCAGCAGCUUCGACGCCGUCUACUGCGCCGAGAUGGCCCACGGGUACGCCGCCGAUCAGAGCAGCGCCCUGUCCAGCCUGGACUGCCUCUCCAGCAUCGUGGACCGUCUCUCCCCGGCGGAGGAGCCAGGGCUGUCCCUCCGCGACGCCGACUCCCUCUCGCCCAGCGCCAGCAUCGACUCGGGGCCGGAGACGCCCGGCACGCCGCUGCCCCGACGGACCUACCAGGCGCUAUGAGGGGCCGCAGGGCCUGCACCCCCCGCCUGCCGCCGGGGCCGCCUCCCGCGCCCGGCCGCCUCCUGCAAACGCUUCUCGGGCGAGGGGACAGCCCCACUGCCUCUCGGGCCGCCGCUUCCCUCUGGGGCUGCAGGCAAAGCGCCCCGCCGGCCACUGCCCGUGGUCUCUAGCACCCCGGCAGGGCAGGCAGACCCCGGGGCUCGGGACACACGCGCUGCCCUGGAAUCCCCGCUGCAAAUAAAACGUGCUGUGAGAGAGCUGUC